CGUUAAUGGUCUCGAGGAGGGAGGGGCCAUUCAAAGGAAAGAAGGGACUCCACACAAUGGGAGACAGCUUCCAUGACCAGCUAUUGGAGGACAGUCGGUUCCUCAGGACAGACCGUCGACUGGACACAGAACUAGUGGAUAAGCUCAUCCUGCAGCUCAACAGGAUCUACCCACAGAUCCUCACAGACAAGGAGGCCACCAAAUUUAGGGACCUUGAUGUGCCCACCUGCGUCCGACUGGCCGAGCUCCUGGCUCACCUGCAGGGGAAAGGUGAAGAGGCCUGCCGGGAGUUCUACCGGGCGCUUCACCUGCAUGUGGAAGAGGUGUACUUCAGCCUACCAACACGCCUCCGCCUCAGAGGUUCUGUAGACCCGUUCACGGUUACAGCCUCACCCACCCAGCCGAGAUAUGUGCUGAACGACCGAGGUCCUCUGUUCUUCCUGAGUUGUUUCGGCGUUGCGGUGGGGAUGGCUCUACUGUAUUACUAUGGCGAGGCCAAAGUAACAGGGGGAAGCAGGGCUCUUGGCAUGGCUGCUCUUGGACUGGGCCGACGAGCCAGAGAGGUUCUCAUAUGGUACGCUGAAGACCCCAUCAGGAAGUAGUCUGUGUGUCUCCACUACCACAGCAAAACAAGCACUCCAAAGGUGUUUCCGGACAUCCAUAACACACUACACAAAUACCCUUUUCACAUUACCAUGCCAACCUGAACCAAACUGUGCUGGUUACAGCAACUAUGGUCGAUGAGUAACUGGGCCAGUUGAUUACAGCUUGGUUUGGCUCAGUUCAGUUUGUCUCAGUGGUGUGAAAAGCCAGGGGAUUAUAAGUUUGUAGAUACUGUAUAUAGCAGUCUUUUGGCUUUAGGAAUCUUGAGUUUUUUUUGGACAAUUUGUCAUACAGCAACUGGUUUUCUUCUGAACUUUCAUUGUCUUCAUAAUGGUUAGAUAUUAGACAUGCGUCUUCUCUGGUGAAAGUGACUAUUAUCACACUAAAGCUCUGUUACUGAACAGCAUCUUGUCAAGAGCCAGUCUCCUUCCUUUGUUGUUCUUUUGGUGUGGUUUGGACACCGUGUACAGAAACCAAUAAACCAGACUCAAUUUAAAUAAACCUUUCCUACUGAAUGUGCUGUACUAUUUGCAGUAUACUCAGGAGAUUGACGUUAGGAAACAUCAAACGGCUAAGGAGGGUAUUUAUCAAAUAGGAUGUUUAUUUGUUUACUUAGCUUACUGAAGGAAACCAACCAAGCACUACGUUUUAUUCCAAUUUGAUUUGUAAUAUCAUCUCUGUUAUCAGGGAGGAUCUAUAAAUGGAAAACAUUAAUGUAAUAUAUAUAUAUAUAUAUAUAUAUAUAUAUAUAUAUAUAUUUUUAGCAGACACUCUUGUUCAGAGUGCCUUACAGUAGUGAGUAUAUACAUUUCAUACUGGUCCCCUGUGGGAAUCAAACCCACAACCCUGGCGUUGCAAGUGCCUGAUUCCCACAGGGGACCAGUAUGUAUA